AUGCACCUGAACAUCAAGAAGACUGAGUACCUUGAAUGCGGCCCCCAGAUCAACAGUACCAUCACUAUCGACGGCGAGCCGCUGACUAAAGUUGCCCAAUUCAAGUACCUCGGGUCCCUUGUCACCUCGGACUGCAAAACUCUACCAGACGCCAGACUCCGUGUCAACACAUUGUGGAGGAAGUGGCAUCAGGUGAGUGGAGUCUUAUGUGACAAGAGAAUGCCAAUCUAUCUUAAGGCAAAAGUCUAUAAGUCAAUUGUGCGCCCAGUGGCACUCUACGGGUCAGAGUGCUGGCCAGCGACGACCAAACACGAACAAGCUCUUCACACCAUGGAGGUGAAGAUGCUGAGGUGGCCUCCGGGUCUCACACGACUUGACCGAGCGAGGAACGAAGAUGUCAGGAAACAAUGGGGAGUGACACCGAUCACAGACAAGAUGCGAGAGGCGAGACUCCGAUGGUACGGCCAUGUUGUCCGUAGCGAUAAAAAUUCCAUCGCAAAGACACCCCAGCAAUUAGAUCUGGAUGGAAACAGGCCACAAGGAAGACCAAAAAAACUCUGGAUGGACCGAAUCAAGGAUGAUAUGAAGGCUGUGAAUGUUACACCAGAAGACGCCCUUGAUAGGAAGAAGUGGAGGAAGGCAUGCAAGAUAGCGGACCCUGCGUCGCGGGAUAUUAACUGCUAG